ACAGCACUUCCGAUAGAGCUGUAAACAGUUGCAGAGAAAAUGCGGCAGUUUCUUAUAAUUUUGUUUACUGUAGCCACUGUCAGUUGUUUCGAGAUGGAUGAGGACGAGAUUCAGGUAGCCACCUUUGACGUGAAGCCGGGAGGCGAACUGCUAUCCUUUGAAAAGGAAUGGGAUGGAGUCACAUGUAAAUUUUCAUACCAAGCUCAAGGAGGAACCAAUGAGGAGUGGACAAUGGGGAUGGUGCGUAGUGACGACCACCAGGAGUUCAGCUGCUCUGUAGAACGCCCACAGUCUUACCUUUUCUUCCAGGCCUUUAAGAUGGAGUUGACAGGGAUCCCAGCAGUGGAAGGAGAGGUCUAUGGCCCUGGAAUGACACAUUUAAAGCCAGAAGAAUUCAAAUUUGACAAAGCUGCCAAUAAAAUCUCAGAAACAGGUAAAUUCCAUUCUCAGUUGGACAAAGUUGUUCUGUAUGCCAGAAGAGGGAAAACUGAAUUAUAGACCUAGCUGUCUCAAAAAAGCCAUCGAAAAUUUUCAAAGUCAAACUCUGCAAAGAAGUGAAAAUUGAAUCAUUAAGAAAUGACCUUAUUUAUUGUAUAUCAUCAUGUACAGAAGAAUACAUACAAAUAUGUA